AGCGCCCUGCCUCCCUACAGUCAGGAGCUCCCAACUUUCCUGCGGAGCACACGCUGCGCGCCUGGACCUCUCCAUACGGCGGGGACUUUUUUUUUAUUAUUUCCAACUGCUUUGUUGUUUUUUUCUUCUCCCACGAGAUGUUGAUUGCUGUCUGGGACGACGGCAUCUCCUCUCCGCGCGGUUGAAUUAGAGAAACGUUUUGUCUCAUUUUUUUUUUUUUUUUGAACUGUAAUUUUCUUCAUUGUUCACUGACAACUCCGGGGCCAAUACACGCGCAGUGCGCACAGGUACAAACCGCCCGCCUCACCCGACCCCCUGAGCAGGGACCGUCCGGGAUUUUCUAUUGUCGUUAUUAAUUUCAACUUGGACAGAGAAGAGUGAUCGAUCUGUUGGAAUUGGUUUGUUCAAUGACUUGCAAGGCUGGAUCUGAACUUAUAAUCGGAGAGCUCUAAGAUCUAUUUUUUUUUUUUUUUUUUCAAAACUGUUUGGGAGAUUGUUCCACCAUGCAGCUGGACACUCUGUGGACGCUCCAUGCCCUCCUGGCAACGUCCAGCUUUGCUUUUGGGAACCAGUUGAGCAACGACCCGAUGGCCGCACCCCGCGUCUUCAUCUCCUUCAAAGAACUGAGAUCCACUGGCACUGCACAUCACUUCGCCUACCUCCUCAACACAUCCGACUACAGGAUCCUUCGCAUGGAUGAGGACCAUGAUCGCAUGUACGUCGGCAGCAAGGACCACAUCCUGUCCCUGGACCUCCACGACAUCAACAAAGAUCCACAUAUUAUCCACUGGCCAGUGUCCGAACGAAGAAGGAUGGAGUGCCUUGUGAGCGGGAAAGAUGCCAAUGAGGAGUGUGCAAACUUUAUCCGUCUGAUCGAACCAUGGAACCGAACUCAACUCUAUGUCUGUGGGACUGGCGCUUACAAUCCAGUCUGCACCUUUGUAAACCGCGGACGCAAACCUCAGACAUCCAUGUAUCUGCAGAUGGCCCAGGCCAGAGGAAGGGCUAGCCGCGCAGCUGAAGCCAGCGCGGUGCACGAGACACUUGGACUUAAGGAAGAAAUAUUCCAUUUGGAGCCGGGCAAGGUGGAAUCUGGGAAAGGGAAGUGCUCCUAUGACCCGAAACUCAACAGCGUGUCAGCUUUGAUCAAUGGUGAACUGUAUGCUGGGGUCUAUGUUGACUUUAUGGGAACGGACUCUGCCAUUUUCCGUACUUUGGGGACAAAGACUGCCAUGCGAACCGAUCAGUACAACUCCAGAUGGCUGAACGAUCCCACUUUCAUCCACGUGCACCUCAUCCCCGACAGCGCCGAAAGGAAUGACGACAAGUUGUAUUUCUUCUUCCGGGAGAAGUCCUCCGAGAUGGGCCAGAGCCCCGUGACCCAGUCCCGUAUAGGACGCAUAUGCCUGAACGAUGACGGAGGUCACUGCUGCCUGGUCAACAAGUGGAGCACCUUCCUGAAGGCCCGGCUCAUCUGCUCCGUGCCCGGGGCCGACGGCAUGGAGACGCACUUUGACGAGCUCCGAGAUGUUUACAUACAGCCAACACAGGAUAUAAAAAAUCCUGUGAUAUACGGAGUCUUCUCUGUCUCUGGCUCCGUGUUCAAAGGCUCGGCGGUUUGCGUGUACUCCAUGGCCGACAUCCGUAUGGUCUUCAAUGGACCCUUUGCCCACAAGGAGGGUCCCAAUUACCAGUGGGUGGCCUACACCGGGAAGAUCCCCUACCCUCGACCCGGCACGUGCCCUGGAGGUACGUUCACCCCCAACAUGAAGUCCACUAAGGACUAUCCAGAUGAGGUGAUUAACUUCAUGAGGAAUCACCCUGCCAUGCACAACGCUGUGUACCCUGUACACAAGCGCCCCCUGGUGGUCAGGACCAACGUGGACUACGAGUUCACCACCAUCACAGUGGACCAAGUAACGGCUGCAGAUGGCAACUAUGAAGUGCUCUUCUUAGGAACUGACAAGGGGACGGUUCAGAAAGUCAUUGUGCUGCCCAGAGAUGACCUGCAGACCGAAGAGCUGGUCCUGGAGGAGGUCGAGGUUUUCAAGGUCCCUACUCCUAUAACGACAAUGAAGAUCUCCUCUAAAAGGCAACAGCUGUACGUGUCAUCUGCGGUGGGGCUGACCCAGCUGGCUCUUCACCGGUGCGACGUGUACGGGGAGGCCUGCGCCGACUGCUGCCUGGCCAGGGACCCGUACUGUGCCUGGGAUGGCAAGUCCUGCUCCCGUUACUCCGCUUCGCAGAAGAGGUCUGACCCCUUUAGACGUAGCCGGAGGCAGGACGUCAAGUACGGGAACCCCAUCCGCCAGUGCAGAGGCUUCAACUCGAACGCCAAUAAGAACACGCUGGAGAUGGUGCAGUACGGGGUGGAGGGGAGCAGCACCUUCCUGGAGUGUCAGGCCCGCUCACCGCACGCUGUCAUCAAGUGGCAUCUGCAGAGAGAUAACAGCGACCGCAGGAAAGAGAUGCGUUCUGACGGUCGGAUACUGAAGACGGAGCAGGGCCUCCUCCUGCGGUCGCUGCAGCCCUCCGACUCUGGCAUGUACCAGUGCACCGCCACGGAGAAGAACUUCAAACACACGCUGGUCAAGCUGCAGCUGGUGGUGCUGUCGAGCCGGGCCGUUAACAACGCUCUGGUGGAGGGCGCCGGGGGACUGGUGCCGUCUUCCCUCCACUCCAGCAGCACCCAGUGGACCCCCAGCGCAGGCCAGUACAAGGACCUGCUGACCAUCCUGAGCCAGCCGGAGAUGAGCCUGAUCAACCAGUACUGCCAGGACUACUGGCAGUUCGGAGACCCGCUGAUGGGCGCCCUCAAGGCCAAAGACCUGAAGGAGCUCAAGGAGCAGAAGAAGCCCCGCAACCGCCGGCAUCACGGGGACGGGGACGAGGAGGAGGAGCAGGAGGAAGUAGAGACAUGAGGAGCCCGACUCUGUGUCUGAAACACCCUCAACGCGACACCCUCCCCCAUCCUUCCCUACCCUUGUGAAAACUGGGAGAGACUCAAUGAGAGUAGCAACGUGAAAAAAAAAAAAAAUCCACACACCGGAAAAAAAGCAAACUGAGACAAAAAAAAAAGGCUUUCAAACAAAACCCAACAUACAUCCACUCAAACAGUAAGGUAUAUGAUACACAGUAUUUAUUGUAGGUUGUAUAUAGAAUCAUUGCGUGGAUUCCUUUGUACUUAUAGAAAAAAAAAACAUGCUCUUUGUGUAUAGGUACCUUUGGGGCAAAUAUUGUUAUUAUUGAUGUUAAUUUUAUUGUUGCUGUUACUGUCGUUACAAAACUCAUCUGUCAGCAUCACAUGACCUUAGUGACUGUUUGGAAUGUGUUUUCAGGCGUGUAAGCUGUUCGGAGGGAGCUACAAGUAGCUCUCUGUAACGGGGGAAUGAGUUGUUGAUAAGAGGUGGUGGGAUUUCUCUUGUUUCUUGCUCGGUCUGACUCGACGCCAGGACUUUUUUUUUUUUUUUUAUUUGUGGACAUGCUUGUGACGCAAACUCUUCGUGGACUCUUCGCAUGUGGACAGAGACUUCAUGUCGCAAAGGGACCACUGACGCACGGUCCUGGUUAUUGUGGGGAAACAGUCUCCACAGGAACCCAGACUUACAGAAGACUGUUCAAAUAUUUUCACAGUUAUAAUUGGAUCCUUUAACCGAAAAACCGGUGCUUGGCCUCAGUUUCUUCCAUUUCCUUUCCCUCCUGUUUGUUUGGACAGAUUGUAAAAUGAUGCAGCAUCGUUGCUACAUGUAGGCCCAGAUAGGUUCUUCACGAAAGCAUGGCAAAAUUCUUAAAUGUACUAGCCUACUCUGAGUAACCUGCAGCUUCUUCUUGCCACAAACUCAAGUUAAAUAACAGGAGACAAAUGAACAAAGCAAGCGUCAGAUCAAUUUUUAUAUAAAAAAAAAUCUUUUCAAAUGAAAACAUCAUUUGAAGUGAGACUGAGGUGCAAUAAGGGUCAAGGUUUUGCACAAAGGGCAUUAUUCUUUUACUUUCAAGGGACAUUGGCUGGGGCCAAAUACGACAAGCACACCCGGGCAAGGCAUGGCUGGCUGUGAAGAAACAAAUCCAGUUUACGACGAAAGAAGAGCCCAGAUCAGGCAGCAGUUGUUAGUGGUUCUGAGCACAUGCGAUACGUUUUGUUAUUUCCUCUUUUUGACAUUCAUGUGUGGGAAAAAAAUGCCCAUAUACACAACAGAGCAUUGUAACACUGUUGUGACACUAACCAAAAUAUUGAAUAUUGGGAAGCUGGCUUUCAUUGUGUGCAUGAACCUGUAUUUGUACUGUAUUUCUGAUAGUGCGUGGUUGUUGUUUUAUUUCUGUUUUUCACCUCUGUGGGUUGUACAGUACAGUCUGACGGAGAAGACAAAUGCUUUAAAGAAAAUGCCGUCAUUUCAAAUAUUCCCUGUAUAAGACAUGACACAUCUUUUCAUUGACAUCGACAUGAAUGUAGAUUUUGUCGAAGUAUAACGUGAAAUAAUCUUGCAUAUGUGUUUGGAUAGGACAUAAUGUGGGAAGUAUAACUAAUUUUAUAGAGAGGGAUGUUAGUGAAAAAAUAGUGAUUGUCCUAUUGGAGUUGUUAUGCUCACCCUCUUGUACAUCGUCAUGCCAUUAAAACGAUUAAAUGUGGUUUUCGCAACCCUGCAAGCACCUUUGAGGGUUGUUAAUCAAGCCUCCAGGAUGUAAAAUUAAAGGAACAUGUGAAAAAAAAAAUACUUGGAAUAAGGUGAAAAUUGAUUUUGACAUUAAGAUGCUUGUAAUACACUUUCCUGGUUCAUUUUCAGGCUGUAGGGACGUCAUCACGGAUGCCUCUGAGGAGAUGCAUCCGUAAAUCAUACAGGGAAGUCUGUAUCUGGCCCUCCCCCAGAAUCCGGCAAAGCUCCUCAUUGUCUUGUUCAAAUUACAUUGUGGACCUUUAGCAAAAAUUACAAACAAAAACACAAAGAAAGGUUGUACAAUUUGUUGGUAUUUUUUAAAAAAAACAAAACAAAUGUGUCUUUAGUUUUUGAGUGUUUCGUUUUGUUCAGUUUCUUUGCAUCGUCAGACUUUAUUUCAGAAAAAAAAAAGAAAAAAAACAAAAUGCACAGAGGUGAUGUUAUUGUAAUGACUUGUGUAAAUUACUCUAUCUUCCCUUUCCAUUGUUGUUGCUGACUAAUAAAUUAAAGCUCUAUAUUUUAUAAGAAUGGAAUGCUCCCCCCUUCGUUGUGAUUCAAUUGAUGCUGGAUGUUUUCCAUGUUCUGCCCAGAACCCUCUGGAUCCUUGGAAUAAAGUUGUACCUGUUAAAGAGA